UUUUUCCUAAUAUAAACUUUUGCUCCUGCUUAGCUUUUGAAAUUCAAGUCCUUAAAGAACAAAAUACUUUUACAUGUAAGCAUAUACUCGCAGUUUGGUUAGCUUCGAUCACUUGCAAUCACUUAAGCAUCGAAACUAUACCAGAGAAAAAAUUCUGCGAAUUAUUAUUAGGACGUUUUAGAUAUGAGUAUCAUUAAUGACGGUGAAUAUAAGUUAACGGCUAAAUUAGGUAAUGUCAAAAUAGUUCUUCAACUCUUGAAAGCUGUAAAUUUUAAAGAGUAUGCAACAUUUUGUGUCUCUGCAAAUGGCAUGAAAAUUACCGUUGAAGAAGCAAAAUGUAUGCAAGCCAGUGCUUACAUACCAGUUCAACUGUUUGAAGAAUUUAUAUUGACAGAGGACGUCAUUUUCCGAAUAUGUUUAGAUUCAUUAAUUGAGACUCUUUCAAUGUUGGGGUAUCGUUUAUAUACCCCAGACAACCCUAUUUUAUUACACAUAUUGUAUAAACGUGUUGGCUAUCCCGUGGGAAUACUUAUUGAAAGAAAUGGAAUAGUGGUGGAUUGUUCUUUAAAAAGUUAUGAUCCUGACGAAAUAUUGGACUUUGAUUUAGAUCCAGAAGCUGUAGUAAAUAAGGUUCUUUUACAAAGUGAAUUGUUGAAAGAUAUUUUCGCAGAACUUGAUAACAGUAGUAUUUAUUUAGAGCUGCUUCUAUCACCAAAAUCGCCUUAUUUUAUGAUAAGUACAAAAGGAACUAUUGGUGAAUGUCAUAUUGAACUUCCACAUAAUACCGAAUUAAUAGAGACUUUUCAAUGUAAGAAAGAGUCUAAAUCAAAAUACUUGCUAAAACACAUGGGGCGAGCAAUGAAAGCCGUACCUUUCUCUAAUAAAGUUUCCUUAAGGACCAACGAAGCUGGCAUUUUAUGUUUUCAAUAUAUGAUUAAAACAGACAAUGACGUCAAUUGUUUUAUAGAAUAUUAUGUUUCACCAGUUAUUAAUGAUGAUGAUGAUGAUGAU